AUGGUGGCGAUCAAAGGAGCCAAUGGUAUCACAGCUGCUGGUAUGGGUAUCGUUGCAUCCACGCCACGCAAUGGUGCCCUUCCAGUCCCAUUUGAGCAAGACACGAGUGUGAUCCGUGAUCGUGAAAUCAGCAGUGGUCGUACUGGAGUCUGUGGACGGACAGCUGCCGGUGGCAACAACGAUGUAGCUGCUGAAGUGGAAUCUGCGUCCAGUUCUGGAUUACCAUCUAUGUCUGAAGACGAUGGAGGUGGACCAUAUGCAUGCGAGAUCUCUUCAGAUGCGUCAGGCUCCGAUUUUCAGCCUAUGACAGUUACGACCAACGUUCCUGGUGUUCUUGGCUUUAGCGCCGCCGCUGCUAAGGACUUUCCCCUGGUAGCUCGUAAGUCACUACGAUUGACGACUACCAUCACGGUACAACCACUAAUUCUAUCAACAGAAGCUCCAGCAGGUACGACCUGCACGGGUGGUCCCAAUGGGGACGCGUGUCUUGUUCGCUGCCGCAACAAUACCCCUGCGGGUCCUUUCGGUAGCUGUGCCACUGUUACGAAUCCUGAGAGCGGAUCAGUAUCUACGAAGGCCGUCCAGAAAACAGCCGCAUCAUCCGGUAGUGGUGCUGGUGGGGGUGCUGGUGGUGUAGGUGGAAAACUCAAGGGUUUGCUUGGUGGAUUUCUCAAGAGGUGGAAUAGUGGUGGCGAAGAGAAGAAGAGGGUUGUUGGCUCACGGAUUGUCGACCGAUCUCAAGCCGGAAAAUGGAUUUAG